GUAUGGCUAAUGUUUUUGUAACGGUGGAAACGUCAUGGCUUCCAUAUAUGUUUAUAUGUGAAAUGUUCAUGUUUGAAUUCAUUAUUUUUAAACCGAUUGUUGACAUCCCCGAAAAUCACUAUUUUCCUUUAUACUUAUUGUAGCUGAAUAUAUUUAUAUAUAUUUAAUUUAUCCAAUUGAAAAGGUUUUAUUUCAUAAUGGAUAGGUUUAACAAAAGGAAAAAGUUUUUUGAUGGUGACUCGUACGAGUCUUACUCCCCAAAACGAGCGAAGCAAGAAGCAGAUCUGGAAGUGACCGGUGUCUCGCGGUCGGGCCGUGUCCGCAAGAAGUCCUCCAAGUUGACCGACUUUGAGUCUCCAGAUGAAAUUGACAACCGCUACAAGAGGAGGGAGCGAGGUGAUAUGUCUCCCAUGUCAAUGGGCUCAGGCCAGCAGCAGAUGGCCCUGCAGCGCGGCCGCAAGCCCGCGGCGUACCUGGAGCCCCCGCACCAGGUCAACAUCAAGGUGGAGCCCCAACAGGACCUGUCCGACUCCGAUGGUGGUGACGACUACGGCAUAAAGCAAGAGCCCUGCUCAUCCGAUAGCGACUCUGAUGGCGGCAUGAUGCAGCCCGAUGUAGGCGACGACUUCUCCAGCAUGGACUCCAUGGGCAGUGACGACGAUGAUGACCUGGAUGACGACGUAAUGGACGAGCACGGGAGUGAGUUGGAGACGCACAGAGAUGCAUCAGACAGCACACCUUCUCAGGCGCAGUCUCUGUACAUGUUGGAGAAGUCCAGCAAGAAGAAGUUGAUCAUCAAAGAUGGCAAGAUUGUGGGCAGGAUGAAAGCACAGCGAAAAGACAAAGGGAAAACACGCUUCACUGCUUACAUGUUGUGGGCGAAGGAAAUACGUCAAGAGAUAGCAAGAGGCAACCCUGAGAUGGACUUCUCCACUAUGAGCAGAAGGCUGGGAGAGCUGUGGGCGACUGUUCCGAACAAUGAGAAAUAUAACUGGAAGAGACGUGCGAAGCGGCUGGCGGUGAAGGGCAACAGGGAGUCAACCAGCUCCAUUGACACAACGCGGUGGAAGGUGCCUCCGUCGCGGUCCAAGUUCAUCAACCGAGCCAGUGGCCGUCCUCCUGGGAACAAGCCCCUGACGCCUGUCCCCACGAUGGUGUCCGCACCGCCCGUCUCCACCAACCUGGUAAUCUCCCCUACAGAGACCAAGGCGUCGAAGCCUGGCCUGGUGACGGAGCCGAUGGUAGGCCCAGGGCUGUACAAAGUGGUGGGCACCCAGCCCGUGGAUGUGGCGGCACACCUCAAGCUGCUGGGGGAGUCUCUCACCAUCAUCGGCGAGCGUCUCAAGGAACACGACGGCCAGAUAGCCGUGUCGGGCAGCAUCUCUGUGCUGCUGGACUCGUUCCUGUGUGCGGUGGGGCCGCUCAUGUGCCUGGUGCAGCAGCACCCACUCAUCAACGGCUGCCCCCAGGACACCCUGAACAAGAUACUCGACAACAUCGCGUACUUCAUGCCCGGCCUCUAGCUUUCCUGGGCGCUCAGACAGAUCUUGUGUGUUCAAUACUGUAGUGCUCUGUUGACAAGCUGCUCAAGGAAAUCAAUAAAGUGGCCAGAUAUGUUUUACCUUUUAAUAUGCAAACUGACAUAAUGUAAA